AUGCUUGGAGCAGGCCUGCAUGGCCUCAAACGGGCGCUGGUCAUCUUUCCCUUCGCCUACACCGGCAUCUGGCUGGGCUACUACGCAUACACCGACACUCUGCGCCGUCACCACAUUCGCGAUCGUAACGCCAAACUAGCCAAAACCUUGUCCAUCCUCCCCUCGUCUAGCACCGACAAACAGCUCCCUGGCCCCGACUACACGCAACCAGCCACAGAGGUGGAGAAGGAGGCUUUGAAGGAGCGAUAUGGGAGUUUGAAGUUUGCCGGGCGGUAUUGGAAUCCAUAUGUGGAGUGGAGAGAGCAGGGGGCUUGGGAAUGGGCUGUAUGGAAGGGCUUCAUAUCUAUCGUCACCCUCAAACUAUUCUACGACGGGCAAGUUUUCCUCAUGAUACCAGGAUCCAUGUCUGACUCUUCUAUAGAGGUGUACCGCCCGACAGACCUAUACCCGAUCUUCCUGUCGAGCAGACAACCUCCCACUUCGAGAGAACCUGGGUCAGGUGGCAGCGAUGUGGCUAUCACUGACAAGUUCACUUCCACCUGGCUGGGCCAAUCGACUACCUAUGUGACUAUGGACAACCUCGCGAUUCUGACUGAUCCUGCUCUUCAACACCGGACGAUUCCCUCCAAGUUUGCGCCAGAGAGAUUACGGCCGCCGCCUUGCUCUCUGGACGAGUUGAAGAGGGUUGAUCUCGUGCUCGUCUCUCACAACCACUAUGACCAUCUUGAUCCGCUUGCUAUCAAGGAGCUGGGAGAUAGCUGUGAAUGGAUCGUACCUAUUGGCGUUGGACCUUUCUUGCGCGAACACGGUGCCACACGCGUCACUGAACUCGAUUGGUGGCAGGAGACCCAGCAUACCCUCUCCAGACCAGGCCAAGAGCCCAAGUCAUUCACCAUCACUGCGAUCCCCAACAUGCACUGGUCCGCCCGCUCGCCUCUCGAUACCAACGCCACCCUCUGGUCCGCUUUCCACGUCAAGUCCAACACUCCUUCUCCCGAGACAAAGCCCAAAUCAUUCAUCCACCUUGGCGACACUGGAUACUCGCCAACACUCUACCACGCUGUCGGCCGUGUUCUCGGCCCUAUUGAUCACGCUGCGAUCCCGAUAGGCUCGUAUGAGCCCAGGUGGCAUAUGCAUUUGCAGCAUACGGAUCCGGAGGGAGCGGUGAGGAUGGCUUUGCAGAUGCAUGUCAAGAAGAGUGUGGGGGUGCAUUGGGGGACAUGGCUGAUGAGCGAUGAAGCUUACAACAAGCCGCCUCUUGAUUUGGAGAUUGCUAGGAAGAAGUUGAAUGUUGAGGAGGAGCAGUUUUGCGUGCUUCCAGUUGGUAAGACUAUUGUCCUAGAGGAUGAUUAG